UCAUACGAUGGACAAACACCGGUUGCCGGCAACUGCGUUUAUUUUUAUUUAAUUUAAAUUUUCUCUUUAUAAUCAGAUAGUAAACUCGAUCAAAGUGUUUAAGUUAUUUUGUGCACUGUUUUCAACGGCAAGAAUCAGUACUAUUUAAAAUGGAUGUUGCUGAUACAUACGCUACUCAAAGCCAAGUUAAAGACGAGGUUGGAGUUCGUUGUCAGAAACUUUUUCAAGAUUUUUUAGAGGAUUUCAAAGAAGAUAAUGAAUUAAAAUAUGAGAAACAGGCUAAGGAGCUACUUAAACCCGAAUUAAGUACAUUGGAAGUGAGUUUCGACGAUGUGGAGAAAUACAAUCAAAAUCUUGCCACAACAAUAAUUGAAGAAUAUUAUAGGAUAUAUCCGUUUUUAAAUCAAGCUAUAUUGAAUUAUGUGUUAAGUUUAGCUGAAAGUGGUAUGAAAAAAGAGUUACAAGGCAAAGAAUGUUAUGUUUCUUUUGUUGACGUGCCGACAAGACAUAAAGUAAGAGAAUUGACAACAGCUAAGAUAGGAACACUCAUCAGAAUAUCAGGGCAGAUUGUACGGACACACCCCGUACAUCCUGAGCUAGUAUUGGGUACCUUUGUAUGUUUGGAUUGUCAGACUGUUAUUAAAAAUGUGGAACAGCAGUUUAAGUACACCAUUCCAACAAUUUGUCGCAACCCAGUGUGUGCCAACCGUCGCCGUUUCAUGCUGGAUGCUGAUAAAUCGGUAUUUGUGGACUUCCAAAAGAUUAGGGUACAGGAGACCCAGGCUGAAUUACCAAGGGGAUGUAUACCUCGCUCAUUGGAAAUUAUUCUCAGAGCUGAGGCUGUUGAAUCUGUACAGGCUGGAGACCGUUACGAUUUUACAGGCACACUUAUAGUUGUGCCUGAUGUUGGAUCGCUAUCAAUGCCAGGUGCUAAAGCCGAGCUCACAACCAGAACUAAACUCGCCAAUGAAGGACAAAUGGAAGGUAUUAAGGGAUUGAAAGCUUUGGGUGUGAGAGAGUUACAUUAUAAGACGGCGUUCCUAGCAUGUAGUGUUCAAGCAACUUCGCGACGUUUUGGUACUGGAGACCUAGCCACUGAUGAUCUGACUACCGAAGAUAUGCGUAAACAGAUGACGGAUAAAGAGUGGGAUAAGGUGUAUGAAAUGUCCAGAGACCGUAAUCUAUAUAGUAAUCUCAUCACAAGUUUAUUUCCGAGUAUACAUGGCAACAAUGAAGUGAAAAGGGGAGUACUACUUAUGUUGUUUGGUGGUGUUGCCAAAACUACCAUUGAAGGUACAACCCUGCGAGGCGACAUCAACGUUUGUAUAGUGGGCGACCCAAGUACUGCAAAGUCGCAGUUAUUGAAACAAGUGAGCGAGAUCUCACCAAGAGCAGUUUACACGAGUGGGAAGGCCUCAUCAGCCGCUGGUCUUACUGCAGCUGUAGUGAAGGAUGAAGAAUCUUUCGACUUCGUCAUAGAAGCGGGUGCGCUUAUGUUAGCUGACAACGGAGUUUGUUGUAUCGACGAGUUCGAUAAGAUGGACCCCACUGACCAGGUCGCUAUUCAUGAGGCUAUGGAACAACAGACCAUUUCUUUGGCUAAGGCAGGAGUCCGAGCCACCCUGAACGCCAGAACAUCAAUAUUAGCUGCAGCUAACCCUAUCGGAGGCCGAUAUGACAGAGCCAAGUCUCUCCAGCAGAAUGUAGCACUUAGUGCUCCUAUCAUGUCUAGAUUUGAUUUGUUCUUCAUACUCAUUGAUGAGAGUAGUGAAAUGGUGGACUAUGCGAUUGCGAGAAAGAUUGUCGAUUUACAUUGUAAUAAGGAAGAGACAUAUGACUGUGUUUAUUCAAGGGAAGAUCUGCUGAGAUAUAUUGCGUUCGCAAGGAGUUUCAAGCCACUUAUCACAGAGGAGGCCGGCAAGAUCCUGGUGGAGUACUACACGGUGCUGCGGUCGCGCGACGGCAGCGGCGGCGGCGGCGGCGGCGGCUCGUGGCGCAUCACCGUGCGCCAGCUCGAGUCCAUGGUGCGGCUCGCCGAGGCCAUGGCCAAGAUGCACUGCAGCGGCCACGUCACCGCGCAACACGUGCACGAGGCCUACAGAUUGCUCAACAAAUCGAUCAUCCGAGUGGAACAACCCGACAUCCACUUGGAGGAAGAAGACCCGCAGUACGAGCCUAGUAUGGACGUUGAUCAAGACACGCCAAAUGGCACUUCGAGUGAACAGACAAGUACAGAUACUGGGUCAAAGAAGAAGCUUACCUUGUCAUUUGAGGAGUACAAAUCUCUGAGUAACAUGCUGGUCGUGUUCAUGAGGAAGGAAGAGGAAGAAGCCGAGACUAGAGGCGAAGAAAGUGCGGGCAUGCGCAAGAGUGCUUUAGUGAGCUGGUAUCUGGAACAGCUGGUCGCGCAGGGACAGAUCGAGACUGAAGACGAUCUAUUGGAACGGAAGACCCUAGUUGAGAAGGUCAUCGAUAGGCUUAUGUACCAUGACCAAGUAAUAAUCCCGCUGUCAACAACUGGUCUGAAAGCGACGCAGAAGUCGGAUCAAGACAUAGAAGACGAUCCGCUGCUCGUAGUUCAUCCCAAUUAUGUUGUGGAUGCGUAACAUUCCGCCUUGUGUUUGAUAAAUUAAGUUUUUUUUAA